AUGAGCAGCCUAGGAGCAAAGGUCAAAGACAUUCUCCACAAGGACCGCCCCGACGAUUCCACCACCGACCCCCAUCCCCCAGGUUCGUUCCCCACAGAAGACAUGGAACCCAGCGAAACUGAGCAAGGCUGGUCCAAAGGACACGAACACAACAAGCUUCACAAGACUGAUGAUCCCCGCGGCUGGACAGAGAACGAGACUGAAGCUUCCCGUGGCCAUGGAUACAAGGACUCUGGUGUCGGAAUGACCCAGUCUGACGACCGCACUUCAUACAAGCCUACACAGGAUCCCAUGUCCGAGCGACGCAACGACCCUCUUUCUGAGCGACGCGAUGAGCCUCUUUCCGACAGACGCAACGAGCCUCUUUCCGAUAGACACAACGAGCCCCUCUCGGACCGACGAGACGACACUCUGAACAGAACAACCGAGGCUGGUGGCUUGGGACAGAAGGUCCCUCUUGUACCAUCCACCGAGGAGCACCCUUACUGGGGAGAUCUUCCCAGCCGGGGAGGUGUUCAUAACUCUGUAAUUGGCCACGGUAGCCUUGAGGACGAACAGCAACGUCACAAAGAGAUCCAUUCACGCACGAAUGACCCAUCUCGAACAUCUGGUACUCUGGAGAGCGGUACCUUCCUCAGCCGACGCGAUCGCGACGAGGCCUCCACCAACACUGCACCCUACGGUGGCCGACCCGAUGAGCGACAGCACCCUGGCGAGGGAACAUCUGGCUCGCACUUCAAAGAGGGUCUUGCUGGAGCCGGUGCCGCUGGUGGUGCUGCCUACGGAGCGCACGAGUUGAACAAGCGACACAAUGACAACGAGGAGGCUAGAAGGCUGGGUCAGACUACCGAUCGAACUCAGCCUGAGGAGCACAAGCAGAGAGCAUUCCCUCUCCUUGGCAGGGACCACAAGGAGCCACAUCACACUGAAAAGGUCAAGGAGGACAAGCACAAGGAUAAGGACCACGAUAGCAAGCUCGGCGGUCUCUUUGGCCGAAAGAGCAGCAAGGAUGAGACUGCUCGUGUCGAGGAACAAGAUAGGGACAAGCAUCACUCCAAGACUGGCCCUGCUCUCGGUGCCGCUGGCGCUGCUGGAGCUUACGCCGCUACCAGGGACCGUGAUGACGAAAAGCUUCGUGACGCAAACAGACAACAGAACCCAACUGUCCAAGACACGCAUAAGGACGAUAAGCAGCACGGCAGCAAGCUUGGUGCCCUUUUCCACCGAAAGGGAAGCAAGGAUGAGACCUCCCGCACCGAAGAUGAGGACAAGCAUCACCACUCCAAGGCUGGUCCUGCUUUGGCUGCUGCUGGCGCGGGCGGCGCUUAUGCUGCUACAAGGAACCGUCACGACGACGACAACAACCGCCGUGAAACAACUACCGGCGCACAUCAGGAUCCUGCUACAACCCAGCACGCCACCAAGUAUCCCGCUGCUGGUCUCGACUCCACUCGGGACUACAACCCCCAGAACCCUUCCUCUGGUGGAGUUACACAGAAGCCCUACCGACAGGAAGAUCUCGACCAUCACCGAGGCUCUGGACUUGCCACUGGUGCUGCCACCGGUGCUGCCGCAGGUCUCGGCGCUGGCGCUCUUGCCUCGCACUAUGGCCGUCGCGACGAGGACCGAUCUGCUACUCAGCCUUUGUCAAGCUACGAUAACCAGAGCUACGACCCCAACGCUACGUCUCAGUCUUAUCAGCAGCAGGGCUUCCACCAGCAGCAGGGCUCUCAACACCCCCACGGUUUGAGCGCACCGGCUGUCGCUGGCUACACUGACCGUGGUGAACAUCAAGACACUCAUGGUGCCCAGUCUGCCAACUUCUCCCACAAGGACCCUGUCGGACAGACUCAGCAGCAUGACUCUCACCGAGGCGCUGGUAUUGCUGCUGGAACUGCCGCUGCUGGCCUCGGCGCUGGCGCAAUGGCGGCUCGCUCCGGUCGCGACCGUGACGAGUAUUCCGGUCUUGACUCCAACAGAGGCUUUGAGAACCAGUCUGCCUACCCCACUGAAGGUUCUGCUAUGAACCCUUCUUCUCGCUCUUACGAACAACAGGACUCCAACCGUGGUACUGGCUUUGGUGCUGGUGCUGGUGCUGCUCUUGGCACUGGCGCCCUUGCCUCGCGUUCCGGUCGCGACCACGAUGAGCGCUCUGGCCUUGGCGCCAACAGAGGCUUUGAGUCCGGCGAUGCUUACUCGGGUGAGCGUUCUGCCAUGCACCCCGGCUCCCAGUCAUAUGAACAGCAAGACUCUCACCGAGGUGCUGGGCUUGCUGGAGGUGCCGCCGCUGGUCUUGGAGCUGGUGCACUGGCUUCUCAUGCCGCUGAACACAGACGCGAGAAUGACAAUGACCAGUUCAACACCGGUAACAGCCAACGUGAGUUCCAGACUGGCAACACCGGCUCUGGUCUUGGCAGCACUGGCCCUGGCGUUGGUGGCAACCCUGGUAUGCAGAACCCUGCUAUGGAGAACCCUUCUGGCCUUGACUCUUCCAACAAGCAAUCCCUCCCUGGCUCUCAACACGAGUCUCAGCCUUUUGCAGAGCGAAAGCAGGAACAUGACCACACUCUUAUGGAUAACGCAAACUCUGGAAAGUACAACAAGCUUUCGUCUGGUACACCCUCUGGCAUCGCGUAUGACUAA